AUGUUAAUGGUGUGGUUACAUUGUCCACACUUGGCCUUGGUUCCAGAGUUACCUCCGGGGAUCGAGCCUCUGUUCUUAAAGUUACAUUACAAUGGCACUUUCCCAGGAUCACAGAAGCUAACACAACCUUCUGACAAACCAUCAAUUCUCUGGAUGUUUUAUGCAUGCUCUAAAUGUUGGCAGCUGUGGUGGCAGCGGCGUUGGCAGAUCCCAUCUUCUCCCGCCCUCGUCCACGCCCCCACCCCGCCCCUCCCCUGCUACCCCGAGGUCAAAUACGUGACCCAGUAUAAGACACAGGUCCAGGAGGUUCCAGUCUACAAGACGGUUUACAAGACCCAGGUCGUCCCAACCACUUACUACCAGACCCAGUACCAAACCCAGUACCAGACACAGUACGAAACUGAGUACGUGCCGAGGUACGUCACCCAGACGGUCUACCAGACGCAGGUGCAGUACCAGACCCAGACCCAAGUCCAGUACAAGACCCAGUACCAGACUCAGUACAUCACCACCACAGCUUACAUUCCCAGAUACGUCACCCAGACCGCCUACGAAACGGAAUACAAGACCCAAAUCCAGUACCAAACCCAGUACAAGACCCAGGUGGUACCGCAAUACCUCACCAAGACCGAAGUCCAGUACCAGACCCAGUACCAGACCCAAGUCGUUCCCCAGUACCACACCGUCACCCAAACCCAGCAGUCCUACGUGACCAAGUGCCCCAAGCCAGCGUACGGUUAAGCCAUGCCACGAAUUGUAAAAGAGUACUGAGAGAGAAACAUGUUUUUUAAACUAAUAAAUAUAUAAUUUCUU